UAAGGAUGCUUAAAGCAGGGGUUUUAACGUCCUGACGUCACGUUAAUUAGUGGCCAAUUUGAUCCUUUCAGCCUCUAAGCUGCACUCUCCCCUGUACUGUCUGCCGGUGGAUACGGGAUGCGUCCACGGAGGAGGAUGCACGUCCGUUCAAAGGGACGCUGUUAGACCCAUUCAAACAGCAAGCUUGUGUCUCAGCUUUCACCGUUUCUUUUCAAGUGAUGCUUUGGUAAAAAAAAGAAAAAAAAGAGAGAGAGAUCACACAAAGAGGACACAUCAAGUACAAAAAAAAAAUGGCAGAUAAGGACAGCGUGGAGAAAUACUUGGAGAACAACCCGCAGUUCGCCAAAGAGUACUUCGACAAGAAGUUGCGUGCCGAGGCCCUGAGCGCCGCAUUCUCCGAGCCUCUCGACAUCAAGGACACGGCCUCGUUUAAGGAUGUUAACUCGGUGCAGGAGGCCGCCAUCAUCUUCGACCUGCUCCAGGAGCUCCAGAAGCAGACGGCCGUCGAGAAGAACCUCCACAAGGUGCUGCAGAGAACCGCUCUCAUCUUGCAGGCCGACAGGGUCAGCUACUACAUCUGCCGCUCCAGAAACGGAAUCCCGGAACUCGCAACCUGCCUCUUCGACGUGACCCCGACCUCCAAGUACGAGGCCAACCUGGUGAACCCGCAGAGUGAGAUCGUGAUCCCCACCGACAUGGGGAUAGUGGGCCACACAGCCACGUCCAAGAAGCCCCAAAACGUUCCGGACAUUACCAAGAAUCCAAAGUUCUGCGACUUUGUGGACAAACAAACUGGAUACAAGACGAAGUGCGUAAUGUCCUACCCCAUGAUAGCUGACAAAGACUGCCUUGGAGUCAUCAUGGUGCUUAACAAAAUAGGAGCUGACGCGUUCACGCCAGAGGAUGAGAAGCUUUUCCAUAAGUACAUGACUUUUGCUCAAGUCAUUUGUCUGCAGUAUCACACAGCCUACAUGUUCAACGUAGAGUCCAGGAGGAGUCAGGUGCUGCUCUGGUCUGCCAGCAAAGUUUUUGAAGAGUUGACAGACAUCGAGAGGCAGUUCCACAAAGCUCUCUACACUGUGAGGAUCUAUCUGCAGGCUGAGCGUUACUCAGUGGGGCUGUUGGACAUGACCAAAGAAAAGGAAUUUUACGACGAGUGGCCUGUGAAACUAGGAGACGUGGAACCCUAUAAAGGACCAAAAACACCAGACGGCAGGGAAAUCAACUUUUAUAAGAUCAUUGACUACCUCCUUGAAGCCAAAGAAGAAAUUAAAGUCAUACCAGGUCCACCUGCAGAUCACUGGGCUCUGGUCAGCGGACUGCCGAGCUACGUGGCAGAGAACGGCUUUAUUUGCAACAUGAUGAAUGUUGCUGCAGAUGACUACUUCACUUUCCAGAAAGAGGCAGUGGACGAGUCGGGAUUCGUCAUCAAGAACGUCCUGUCACUGCCCAUCGUCAACAAGAAGGAGGAGAUUGUGGGCGUCGCCACCUUCUUCAACAGGAAGGACGGCAAACCGUUUGACGAGUAUGACGAGCAGAUCACCGAGGCCCUGACACAGUUCCUGGGGUGGUCGGUGUUGAACUGUGACACCUACGACAGGCUGAACCGCAUGGAGUGGAGGAAAGACAUUGCCCAGGAGAUGCUCAUGUACCAAACCAAAUGCACCUCGGACGAGAUGCAGUCCAUUCUGAACACCAAGGAGAAGUUUGAUGCUGAGCCUGAAGACUGUGACCAGAAGGAGAUGUACAAAUUACUGAGGGCAAACUGCCCACCUGCCGACAACGUGGACGGAGAGAAUCUGUACAACUUCGGCUUCAGCGACUUCCCCGUCACGGAGCAUGGCCUCAUUAAAGCCGGCAUCCGCAUGUUCUUUGAGCUCGGGGUUGUCGAAAAGUUUAAAGUUCCCGCAGAAACUCUGACCAGGUGGAUGUACACUGUGAGAAAGGGUUACCGUGCUAUUACAUACCACAACUGGAGGCAUGGCUUCAAUGUAGGCCACACCAUGUUCUGCCUACUGCAGACAGGGAAGCUGAGGAAGUACUACUCGGAUCUAGAUGCCUUCGCCAUGGUGGCUGCGGCUUUCUGCCACGAUAUCGACCACAGGGGAACCAAUAACCUCUACCAGACAAAGAGUGCAUCUCCUCUGGCCAAACUUCACGGCUCCUCCAUUAUGGAGAGACACCAUUUGGAAUACAGCAAGACGCUCAUGGGAGAGGAGAGUUUGAACAUCUUCUGCAACCUGCAGAAGCGUCAGUUUGAGACCGUGCAGCACUUGUUUGAUGUUUGCAUUAUUGCCACUGAUCUGGCCCUUUACUUCAAGAAGAGAACCAUGUUCCAAAACAUUGUGAAUGCCACAGAACCAAUGGGAGAUGAAAAGGAGGCCAUUGCCUACAUUUCCAACAACCCCAUCAGGAAGGAAAUUAUCAUGGCCAUGAUGAUGACAGGCUGUGACUUGUCAGCCAUCACCAAACCCUGGGAGGUGCAGAGCAAGGUGGCUCUGAUGGUUGCAGCUGAAUUCUGGGAACAGGGCGAUUUGGAAAGAUCCGUUUUGGACCAGCAGCCAAUUCCCAUGAUGGACAGAAACUGUGCAGAACAGCUACCCAAGAUGCAAUGUGGUUUCAUCGACUUUGUGUGCUCAUUUGUUUACAAGGAGUUCUCCAGGUUCCACAAAGAGAUCACACCCAUGUUCGACGGUCUGAACAACAACAGGGCACACUGGAACGAGCUGGCUGAGGUGUACAAUGCAAAGAUGAAGGCCAUCGAGGAUGAAAAGAAGAAGCUGGAAGAGGAGGAAGCCAAGAAAGCUGGUGGUGGUGGUGGUGGUGAGGGAGGGAAGUCAAAGACCUGCACCGUCUGUUAGGCUUCUCCGGUUCAUGGAUCUGCACUCAAAUGGACUGAUUAGGACUGAUGUGCACGUCUCUAGUCUUAAAGUCAUCCUCAAACUUUUGGAGUUCGUCCUCCGCUACAUAAGCUAGUUUCUCUCUGGUCCCUCUGCGGAUGCGGCAUCCCGGUUUUGCUCCAGUCGUUUCCAGGUAGUCCAGACUAGUUAGCGCCGAUCUGGAUUGCAUGAACUGGUCUCCAAGGAGGGAGGAAGAACUGGAGCCGGAAGUAACAGUGGGACUCUCCACAGAGAAGGUCUUUUUGGGAAGGAAUGUGUGAAACUUCUUCCUCCAUUUGUUUUGAGCAGCGACCAAAAACAUGCAAACUCACAAUGUAAUUCUAUGUAAGAUUUUAUUUAUUUUUUUGGCAUGCUUGAAAUCACGUUGCGAUAAAUUUAGCUGCUCCCCGCGCUGAGAUUCAAAUCUUUUAAUGUAGGCAGUUAAAUAGGUCAUUGUUGAGCUAUGCCAAAGCAGUAGCAUUCAGUGUCCCUUUGGCAAUCAUAAGCACAAUGUAUAAUCAUACUUUAAGCUGCACAAUGCACAUGGCUGCUGCAGUUUUAGCAGCCAAACCACAGCGAGGGUGAGGACCAACUGGGAGGAUAAAGACUUUUCAAAUGUAGUGAUGGGGACACGUUAAAAGGCGCUUAUAAAGAAAUAUGAAUUUAUUCCCUUAAGCACAUAAAGAGCAUCUGAUGGCUCUGUUCAUGCCGUAAAGGCGACAGGCACAGGGAGCAACGGCGCCAAAACAAUUAGGAAAGACAGUGUCUUUCCUGUAAAGGGACUAAUGAGUCGUUUGAACGUAUAUGCUAUUCAUCUAUACAUUUUAUUCAUUUAUUUUUCUAGAUUAUGGGUAUUUUGUACAUCAACUGUCUUCAACUUGAGAUGAGCUUUGAUAGAGGCUGUUCCUGAAAUGAUGAGCAGCUGUGUUGUAAUGCAAAGCGUACAGUUUGUCUUGCAAAAAUAUUCACACCUCUGGCUGAUUUUUAGCUUGUUUUGUCACUUUAUAGCCAAAAACACAAAUGUGUUUGUUGGGGAUUUUAAGACAGAAACCAACACAAAGCGGUGUGCUUGAUUGUAAAAAGGAAGAACUAUAAUAUGAGUAAAAUUCAGAGUGUGCAGGA